AUGGCUGGCUCCGAUCACCAUCCCGGCGGCCGGCAGGGCGCGCCGCUGGUGUUCGACGAGCUCCGGUGGGUGAUCCAGAUCCGGCACUCCCUCCAGGAGGACGGCGGCGAGGACGACGACGACAACGGCAUCCCGGUGUCCGUGUUCAACGUGCCCAAGCAGCUGCAGGUGCACAAGCCGGAGGCGUACGUGCCGCAGUUCAUUGCGCUGGGGCCGUACCACCACUGGCGGCCGGAGCUGUACGAGAUGGAGCGGUACAAGCUCGCCGCGGCGCGCCGCGCGCAGAGGCACCUCCGCGCCGGCGUCAAGCUCGAGCAGCUCGUCGAGCAGUUCGCGCGGCUGGAGCGCAAGGUGCGGGCGUACUACCACCGGUACCUCGACUUCAGCGGCGAGACGCUGGCGUGGAUGAUGGUCGUCGACGGCGCAUUCCUGCUCGAAUUCUUGCAGAUCUUCGCCGCUGCCGAGGCGUCGGAGGACGGCGGCGGCGGCAAGCCGGCGCUGAGGAGGGUGUCGUCGAGGAUGGCGCACCUCGUCGACUUCGCCGGGAGGAAGUCGGCGCACAACCUCAUCCUCCGCGACAUGCUCAUGCUCGAGAACCAGAUGCCGCUCUUCCUCCUCCGCAAGCUCCUCGAGCCGCAGUGCUCGUCGGCGGAUGAGGCCGGCGAGCUGCUGGGGAGGAUGGUCACCGGCCUCAUGAAGGAGCUCUGCCCCUUCAAGAUGAUGGACAACUUCCCGGCGAUCGACGUCGCCAAGCACGCGCACCUCCUCGAGCUGCUGUACUACCUGCUCGUGCCGAAGCCGGCCGAUGACUCCGCCGCCGCCGACGCCGCCAACGGCCACGACGAGGGGUACGACAUCGAGGAGCAGCCGGUUGACGGCGGCGGCGGCGGCGGCGGCGGCGGCGAUGAGAAGCCGUCCGCCGGCUGCGAGUACGUGAAGCAGCUGUUCGCCGCCGUGUGGGGCAUCGUGUCGAACCUCAAGACCGGCCCGAUGCAGUACGUGGCGAAGCCGAUCUCGUUCGCGGUGAAGGCGCCAUGGAAGAUGCUCACCGUCGUGCCGGGCUUCUCGGCGAUGAAGCACCCAGUGGAGUCCUUCUUUUCCGGCGACGGGGGCUCCACCGCCCGCGACCCGAGCUCCACAGCCGGUGGCCACAUCAGCCGGCCGCCGCUGAUCGAGGAGAUCAUGAUCCCCUCCGUGUCGGAGCUCGUCAACGCCGGCGUCCAGUUCGUCCCGACGAACGGCGACAUCUCCAGCGUGUCCUUCGACGCCAAGACGGCGACGUUCCACCUCCCGGUGGUGACGCUCGACAGCAACACGGAGGUGGUGCUCCGCAACCUGGUCGCCUACGAGGCGUCGGCGGCGUCGGGGCCGCUCGUCCUGACGCGGUACACGGAGCUGAUGAACGGCAUCAUCGACACCGACGAGGACGUGGCGCUGCUGCGGGGGCGCGGGGUGGUGCUGAACCGGAUGAAGAGCGACGGCGAGGUGGCGAGGCUGUGGAACGGGAUGAGCAGGUCGGUGCGGCUGACGAGGGUGGCGUUCAUGGACGCGGCGGUGGAGGAGGCGAACCGCUACCACGACGCGCGGUGGCGCGUGAAGACGAAGCGGUUCAUGCGCAAGUACGUCUUCAGCUCGUGGCAGCUGCUCACCUUCCUCGCCGCCAUCGUCAUGCUGCUGCUCACCACGCUGCAGGCCUUCUGCUCCGUCUACACCUGCUCGCGGUGGUUCGGCGCCGUCACCGUCGCGCCUUAA